AUGGCCAUGUUCGAGCAGAUGAGAGCGAACGUGGGCAAGCUGCUCAAGGGCAUCGACAGAUACAAUCCUGAGAAUCUGGCCACCCUGGAGCGCUAUGUGGAGACACAGGCCAAGGAGAAUGCCUAUGACCUGGAAGCCAACCUGGCUGUCCUGAAGCUGUACCAGUUCAACCCAGCCUUCUUUCAGACCACUGUCACUGCUCAGAUCCUGCUAAAGGCCCUCACCAACCUGCCCCACACGGACUUCACCCUUUGCAAGUGCAUGAUCGACCAGGCCCAUCAAGAAGAACGGCCCAUCCGACAGAUUUUAUACCUUGGAGACCUGCUAGAGACCUGCCACUUCCAGGCCUUCUGGCAAGCCCUGGAUGAAAACAUGGACCUUUUGGAAGGUAUAACUGGUUUUGAAGAUUCUGUCCGAAAAUUUAUCUGUCAUGUCGUGGGUAUCACUUAUCAGCACAUUGAUCGCUGGCUGCUGGCCGAGAUGCUCGGGGACCUGACCGACAGCCAGCUGAAGGUGUGGAUGAGCAAGUACGGCUGGAGCGCUGAUGAGGCGGGACAGAUCUUCAUCUGUAGCCAGGAAGAGAGCAUUAAGCCCAAGAACAUUGUGGAGAAGAUCGACUUUGAUAGUGUGUCCAGCAUCAUGGCCUCCUCCCAGUAA